CAUGUAGGAUAUAUAUCAGAAGUGAAAAAAUAUGCUCAUGUCCUCUAAACAAUUGUGCCAAAAAUUAACCGCUGGAAGAAGAAAGAGAGAGAUGGAUUUCUUGAGUUGUGUACUAUUAUGUCUUAUGGUUGCCUGGAUCAUAAUCCAAGCCCUCCAAUAUUCAUUUGCAAGAAGAAUUCCCACAAACCUUCCACCUGGACCAAAGCCAUUUCCUUUGAUUGGAAAUCUCCUAGAGCUUGGAAACAAACCCCACAUCUCUCUAACCAAGCUUUCAAAACGCUAUGGCCCCAUUAUGACUCUACAACUCGGCCAAAUAACAACAGUUGUAGUUUCUUCAUCCAUCGUCGCCAAACAAGUCCUCCAAACCUAUGACCGAUUCUUUUGCAACCGAACGAACGCAGAUGCACUCCAAGCCUGCAGCCAUGCCAAGCACGGCAUGCCCUUCAUACCCGUUUCAGCUAAAUGGAGAAACCUUCGCAGAAUAUGCAACUCCCAAUUGUUCGCCACCAAAGUUCUCAACGCCAACCAAGCCAACCGUCACCUAAAAGUGCAAGAGCUCAUAGCUGAUGUCAGCGAAAGCGUGGUUAAAGGUAAGGCAGUUGAAGUUGGAAGGGCUGCUUUCAUAACUACCCUCAAUUUGCUGUCACGUACUGUCUUCUCUGUGGAUCUAGCAGACCCGAAAAGUGAGACGGCUAGAGAGUUCAAGGAGUUGGUGUGGGGUAUCAUGGAAGAGGUCGGGAAACCAAACUUGGCUGACUAUUUUCCUGUGCUUAAGAAGAUUGAUCCCAUGGGGAUACGGCGCCGUUUGACCAAGCACUUCCGGAAGAUGAUUGACCUCUUUGACAGCUUGAUCUUCCAAAGGUUGGAAACAAGAAAAUCACAUGAUUAUGUCACAGCCAAUGAUAUGUUGGAUACUCUUAUAAACAUGAGUGAAGAGAAAAAUGAGGAUAUGGACAUUCCUGAAACUCAUCAUCUGUUUCUGGAUUUAUUUGUUGCGGCCACAGAAACAACUUCAGCCACAUUGGAAUGGGCAAUGGCUGAGCUACUAUGCAACCCGGAAAAACUGUCAAAAGCUCAAGAGGAGCUAGAACAAGUCAUUGGGAAAGGGAAACCAGUUGAGGAAACAGACAUUGCUCAACUUCCUUACUUACAAGCAAUAAUCAAAGAGACCUUUCGGCUGCACCCAGCUCUUCCAUUUCUUCUCCCCCGCAAAGCCGAAGCAGACCUGGAAAUCUGCGGGUAUUUUGUACCCAAGGGUGCACAAGUGUUGGUCAAUGCAUGGGCCAUAGGCAGAGACCCUGGCAUUUGGGACAACCCGGCCUCAUUUAUCCCAGAGAGGUUCCUGGGAUUGGAUAUGGAUGUCACUGGCGGAAGCUUUGAGCUUAUCCCGUUUGGUGGUGGGAGGAGAAUAUGUCCUGGCUUGCCCUUGGCAAUGAGAAUGUUGAACUUGAUGUUGGGUUCACUUCUUAACUCGUUCGAUAAUUGGAAGCUUGAAGAUGGAGUUGUACCGGAAAACAUGAACAUGGAAGAGAAGUUUGGCAUCACUUUGCAGAUGGCUCAACCUCUGAGAGCUGCUGCCAUGGCCGUGCCAUAAAAUAUCCUCCUAGCUAUUUGUUUUUACCUAAGUUCAUAUGUUGUGAAAUUGAAUAAA